UUGUGGGUAACUUUGAAGUCAAGACUCCGGUAUUUCCUAUAGUCACGCCGGAUCAAGAAAACGCACGUUAUUUUUCCAGUACCUUUUAUUAUUGACCACUAUAAUCUGCUAAGGCCGCAUUUGUUAUAAGUUUGAACGCUGGGGUUUUUGCCCAAAGGCUGUUGGCAGUAUGGCUGUUCAAGCACAGUCGAUGACUCAGAGAUUCUUAUUUAACGCUUCUCUGCUUUACAGAGACAUUUGCCCGGAACAGUCGCGCUUUCUCAUGCAAAGGCAUCAGAGCACUGACGCUGCCCUGCCGGUGUCUAUGAUCUGCCCCUUCUGCUUUCAGUGGCGACAACUGGGCAAUCAUCACACGCGUCUGCGGCCCAAGCGGAAGCCCACGGCGAAGAUUGGAAAACUUCUGAGGAAGGAGGCGGCAGGAAGGAGACUAAGCGCAGAACAGACUGUAAAACUUCAGAAGUUUAAAAGGGCCUCCAAUGCUCUGAUGGCAACGUGUCACACCUGUAAUAAGAUGUCCAGACAACCUGGAAUGAAUCGGGAGCUUUUGGUCACCUUGUCGAAGAGCCGAAGUACCCCAGGAAGUGUCGGCAAACAAAAAACUCCACAGUCAGUUAAAAGGUCUACUCCAAAAUCUGUGGUAAACAGAACGCCAAGUAGCACACCGAGGUCAGUAUCGUCAAACCCUAGCUCGUCGUCAUCAAAGUCAGGUAGUGCAAAGUCUUCACCUUUCGCCCGCCUCAAGAAGAUCCUUAUGCUGGAAGACAAACAGCAGAGCAAGAAAGUUGGUCUGAAGGACUUCCUCUCAUCUCUCUGAAGACCUCAGGGCCGUUAUAAUGAAAGACUCUAGCCCACUUUAAGUGGAGCUGCUGGAAUUCAGAGCAUGAAGCUUGAUGAGGAUGACCAUCGCUUCUCCUUGUGUUAAUACAGUGCCACCUAGUGGAGGAGUCAUUAUAACCUUGGUUACGUUGAAGGGCAGGGUUGUUUUAAACAGAACGUCUCCUUUGCUUCUAUCAAGUAUGUGUUUCUGAAUCCUUGUGGAUGAGUGGCAUCAAAAAUGUCCUUUUGUUGAGGAGUGUUAACUUGUGCUACAGAACCAUGCUGUGACUUUUGUAUUUGUUUUUUUUUUUUAAUUUCUCAUUUUAUGAUCACAUAUAUUGUUCGUUUUUGUACGAGAAAGAUAACUUUUAUAUGUUUGUGUGUUUAAUGUUCAUUUUGUACACUUGGAUUUGGUUCACUGAUAUAAAAAGAAUUGUCUUUACAUUUUACACUGAUUUUUUUUUUUUUAAUACUCAUCCAAAAUUUGUGCUGGUUGUUUACAUUUGAUGGCGUAUUUGCCUUCAAACUAUGUAGCAAAGACCAAAAAUAUUUCAUACUGACUAUUCUCAGUACAAUUACAAAAGAAAGGUGAUGUUUUUGUCUUGUUUGAUCUUUGACAGUUCCUUUUCAAUAAAAGUAAAA